AUACUAUACCUACACAUGGCAAGACAACAAAAAUUCUCAUUCAAAACAAUAAACGACCAAAAGUUUUGAAUUUUAUAUCUUAACAAUUGGCCGACAUGUUCGUGCUGGCGGAGCUGAAGGAUAAUGUACGGAUCGCGCCGGACCAGUUUCAUCUGAAGUUGGAGGACGCCGUGCGUGACGAAAUCGACCGCAAGCUGGCCAAUAAGGUCCUUCUUAAUGUUGGCCUGUGCAUUGCCCUGAAGGAUAUUGUUUCUUUGAAAGACUCGAUAAUACUGCCUGGCGACGGUUCAUCACAUACCGAGGUGCUUUUCCGGUACGUCGUCUUCCGACCAAUGGUAGGCACCGUAAUCACCGGAAAGAUACGAAAAUGCAGCCGAGAAGGCGUCCACGUGACACUGGUCUUUUUUGACGACAUCCUUAUCCCACAUGCCGCCCUUCAGCAUCCCUCCCGUUUUGAUGAGGCCGAACAGGCCUGGGUCUGGGAAUAUCCAUUAGAGGACGGCGAAAAGCACGAUCUCUUCAUGGAUGUGGGCGAGCCCAUCAAGUUUCGUGUAUCACGCGAGAUCUUUGAGGAAACAUCACCAAUUGGACCGCCUAAAGCAGAAGCUCAGUCACAGCAGGCAGCCAGUACAUCCUCUGCUGCAUCAGCUGCAUCACAGGAAACGAAGACACCGUACAGGCUUAUUGGUGCCAUUAACGAAUCCGGCCUGGGCGUGCUCUCCUGGUGGGAUCAGCAGGGCAAGGACGAAGAACAGGACGAAGAGGAAGACGAAGAGUAUGACAACGACGAGGACGGCGAAGGCGCCUGUGAAGAAUGACGCAGAUGUACUAACUCAACUGUUACUAUUUAUAAGAACUCGUUUUUAAUGGAAAAAGUUAUGAAUGGUUGAUUACAAAGCCUGAUUUCGAACUAAGUUAUGAUAAAAACACAUUUAAAUUCA